UAUAGAAUUCUUAACCAACUUGCAGUAAUCCAGAAAAAAGUUUUCCGAAAAUUCUUGUUUUUUAUGUAAAUUGAAUAUUUUUUCAACGAAAUAAAAUGGACGCCUCUUUUAUGAUUGCCCUGCUCAUUUCGAUAUUUUGCCAUUGCAUAGGCCUCUUCUACAAUCCCGUGGAGGCCAGUACGGAAUCGACUGUUUUCUUGAUAAUCGCCAUAAUGUUCCUGCACAAAUUGAAGUCGGAGAGCAGAAGGAGUUCAAGAUUAAUACAAUUGGGAGCAAUACUCGAGGUGGCGGGCCUUUGUCUGGCGAUCCAGGUGCUUCUGGUGGCCAUUUGGUUUCCUGUCUUUCAAGCUCUGCAAUUCUUGGUGGACUCUAUCUGCUGGAAUUUGCGUAAUUAUGUGAGCGACGAGCAUGCCUGGAUGGUGGAAAAAAUCAAUCAAUCGGCGGUGACAGCGUUUCUACUGGUCAUGGAGUCGGCCUGGUUACUAAAGGGUUUCGAGAUCAACGAUGUGCAAAAGUUUUUCGGCUGCAAGGACGACUGUCUCUCGAACAGUGUCCUUUCCCUUGUGGCCAAAGAGGAGGUUAAGGUUUUGCGCCGGGAAAGGAUCAACUUGCAGAAGGAGCGCUUCUUUCAGUCGGCCCGGAAGUAAAUAAUUUAUAAUUGUAUUCAAUGGACUUUUCAAAUAAAACUAAAUAUAUUUAUUAGCAAGUA